AUGGCCAUGAAUGGGGGAUCGUCGGGCCUUGUACAAUUCCUCUCGGAUCUGCAUCUCGAGGCCAGCAAAGACUACUCGACCUUUGACUUUCCUGUCACGGCACCCUUUCUUUUACUUUCCGGCGAUGUCGGUAGCCUAUCUGAAUACGACAGCUAUCUCGGGUUCAUCCGGUGUCAGACGGAUCGGUACGAGGGUGUUUUCCUAGUUUUUGGCAAUCACGAGUUUCAUGGCCUCACGUACGGCGGGACACUCGCAGAGGCGGCAAGGCUUGAAGCAGAGCCGUCGUUGAGAGGGAGGUUGCAUGUGCUCCACCGCCGCGGGUUUGAUAUCCCCGGUUCCAACGUGAGCAUCCUGGGAUGCACCCUAUGGACGAUGGUCCCUGAGAAGGCGGGAGCUGCGGUCGUGGGAAGGGUCAAGGAUUUCCAGCACAUUGAGGGAUGGAGUCUUGAGGCACACUGCGCGGCUCACAAGGCGGACUUGGGUUGGUUGAAGAGAGAGGCGAGGGAAGCGGUGGCGCGUGGGAGAGAGGUUGUUGUUGCGACUCACCAUGCUCCUUCGCUGGAGGGGACGUCGGAGCCUAGGUUUGAGGGGAGCCCUUGGUCUUCGGCUUUCGCAACGGAUUUGUUGGAGGAAGACGCGCUGGAGCUCAGCGACGACUCGGACGUCGAGGUCCACCCCAACGUCGAUAAGCGCUCAUUCAUCCGCGCAAAGCAGAACCAAAUCCACCAGGAGCGACUGCAGCGCAAGCAUCAAAUCGAGACGCUCAAGUACGAGCGCAUCAUCAACGAUGGCCUGAUGAAGCGCAUCUCCAACCUCUUGGACGCCCUUAAGUCCCAUGCCUCCGAGGCUGAGACCCGAAACCCCGGCGAGGUCGCCUUCCAAGCCGUCAUGGAGUCCGCCGGCAAGCCCGAAGACGACCAGCCACCCCCGCGCCCCGAGGGGAUCCACGCCGACUCGGAGCCGCUGCCCAGCUUCUCCAAGAUGAUGGCCGUGUUGUUGGACCAAGUUAACAAGGAGCUGGACGAGAAGAAGCCCGAGAACCGUUACAAGGCCAUGCUCGAGGGCGUCGAGGGACACCUGACCAAGGUGCAGAAUCUGCAAAAGGAGCUGUUUGCCAAGCUGGCCGAGCUGGAGAAGGAGGAGGGACGCAAGAUCACGAGCGAGGGUAUUCACACGGGCUUUGACAGCUCGCACGUCAACAAGUCCAAGGAUACGGAUAAGAAGGAGGAGCAGCGCAAGCCGGAGCUCCUGAACCCCAAUUUUGACAUGACACAGUCCCUUCCGGCCAAGUCGACCCAAUCGUAUGACGACGAUGAGGAGAUUGAGGCGUCGCCCGCCGCCAAGAAGUUCGCGCAGAUCAAGGCCGACGACUACACAUCCAGCGCCCAGUACUUGUCCAAGAACCCGCAGAUCCUGACGGAGCGGGAGACAGACGGCCUCCUGGUCCUAGCCUUCGACGCCGCCCUCGAGAGCAAGGACGACUUUUGCCGGCAGUGCGUCCACCAGGCGCUGCUGCUGCAGUACUGCAGAGCGCUGGGCAAGGACGGCGUGGGCAUGUUCUUCAAGCGCAUCACGACCAAGGGCCACCAGGCGCAAGAUGUGUUCUUCAAGGACGUGCAGGAUACGUACGGCAAGAUCAGGAACCGGGCGCGGGAGAUUGUCAAGGAGCGCGCCAGCGAGCCCGAGGGCGUGGAGCAGAUUCAGCUGCACGCGGUGGAGCCCGGCACGGAGAUCAAGAUUACGAUUCCGCCCAAGGACAGCGAGGACCCCGCCGUGAAGGAGGGUCGGGAUAUCUUUGAGACAUUCAGCGCCGACUUCCAAAAGGCUCUGGAGAGCGGAAGCCUGGAUGAGGUCAACAAGGUGUUGGGCAAGAUGAAGGUCGAAGAGGCUGAGGAUAUUGUCGGCAAGCUUGGAGACGCCGGCAUCUUGAGUCUGGAGGAGCAGAUUAUCGACGCCACGACCGAGGAGGGCCAAAAGGCGCUCAAGGACAUGGAGGCGGCGCAGGCCGGUUCCGAGUCCGGAUUCGCACCGGACCCUGAAUAA